AUGGCUUCGUGUAUUCAAGGACUUGCAACUUGCAAGUCGAGGACACAACAUCACUAUUAUCACUCACAGAUUGUAAUUUUACAAUUAUUGUUGAUUUUAUUUUCGUUUUUCCAAGAAGGUUUGUGUGCAGACAUUCUAGGUGUAUUUCCAAUCGAAGCCCCUAGUCAUCAGAUAAUUUUCGACUCUUACAUGUCCGAACUUCACCGCCGUGGCCAUAAUGUGACAGUGUAUUCACAUUUUCCAGACAUUGCCUCCGAACAGUACAAGCGAAUACAAAUCAGCAACACGUCAUCCUUAUUGGACCCCAACUACGUGACCAUGGACCAUAUGUACUCGCCAUCAACUUUAAAUAGUUAUAAACACAUGUUUCAUAUCGUGCGUAAUGGAGAAACAUACACUCAGUCCAAUGCACUGCGUCAACUGUACGCCCAGCCAGAAGACUCUUACGAUUUAAUUGUGACCGAAACAUGUAACACUGAUUUAUACCUGGCGUUGAUAGAACGAUUCAAAGCCCCGUUCAUUGCGUGGACUACAUCCCCAUUAUUUGUGUGGUCCGCCGAUCGCAUGGGAGCGUCCACUCAUCCUGCAUACAUACCAGUACUAAUGACAACGAACGGACCACAUAUGAAUUUGGCGGAACGGAUUUAUAACACACUGAUGCGAUCAAUAGCAUUUUAUAAGUAUUAUACGGAAUCGACGAUAUCCUCUCAGAAAAUCGCUUCAAAACAUUAUAAAGAGUCAUCACACUUAGAUCAGUUAGUAUUGAGGACUAGUUUGUUGUUUGUAAACACAUACCAUGCUUUAUGGGGCAGUAGGCCGCUACCACAAAACGUUGUCGAAGUAGGAGGUCUUCACGUAAAACCUUCAAAACCUCUGGAAGAGGACAUCCAGAAAUAUAUUGACGAAGCUGAGAACGGAGUAAUUUAUUUCUGCAUGGGCAGUUUAUUAAGAGGCGAAACUUUUUCACCCGAAAAAAGACAAAUGUUUUUGAAUGUCUUUAAGAAAAUCCCACAACGCAUUCUGUGGAAAUGGGAAGGAGAACUACCAGGAAAACUGUCCAAUGUAAUGAUUCGCAAAUGGAUGCCUCAACGAGAUAUAUUAGCUCAUCCUAAUGUUAAGCUAUUUAUAUCUCAUGGUGGCCUAUUGGGAACUACCGAAGCUGUAUAUGAAGGUGUUCCAAUUUUAUCAAUGCCAAUUUUCGGUGAUCAAAUGACAAACAUCAAAGCUGUUGUAAGCAAAGGAGCUGCAGAGAUGAUGAAUUACGGAGAUUUGAAUGAAGAUGAUAUUUUUAUAAAAAUAACAUCCAUGCUCACAAAUCCUAAAUACAGACAAAAGGCUAAAGAGUUAUCAGAAGCUUUUCGUGAUCGACCUAUGUCUCCUUUGGAAACUGCAGUGUAUUGGACAGAGUAUGUCAUCCGACACAAAGGGGCGCCGCAUCUUCAGUCUGUUGCCGUCGGUAUGCCAUGGUACCAAUACUAUUUAAUCGAUGUAUUGGUUAUAAUUUUCUUAUCUAUAACAACAAUUUUUGUAUUAUUUUACUACUUAAUUUUCAAAGUUAUUUCUAGAUUAUUGAAUAGAAAAUCUAAAGAAAAACAAUCUUGA